UAAAUGUUACAAAUCAUUAUGAAAUCGUACGAUAAGGCAAUUGAAAGCCGACUCUAAUUUAUAUAUAUAUUAAUAUAUUGUAUUACAAUAAUUAAAUUGUUUGUUUCAAAUGCUUCAAACAUAACUUCAUAUGAAUUAUAAUAACAAUAUUUAUUAUUUUAUGUUUUUUAAAUAAAUAUGUUUAGCAAUUAAGUACUUUUUAUUAUUGUUUUUAUUAGUUAAAAAAUAAUUUAUUUUAUCAACAUAUAUACUGUAUAUGUGGUAUUUUGAGGGUAGACAAGUGGAAAUACCUACUUGAACAACUGUGCAAUAAUUAAUCAUUAUUAAUUAUAGUCAAUAAUUUAAUUUUGUUGUUUUUUCAAAAUGCAAGCAAUCAAAUGUGUUGUUGUUGGUGAUGGAGCUGUUGGUAAGACAUGUUUGCUAAUCAGUUAUACCACUAAUGCAUUUCCUGGUGAAUACAUACCAACCGUUUUUGAUAACUACUCGGCCAAUGUUAUGGUCGAUGGAAAGCCUGUUAAUCUUGGAUUAUGGGAUACGGCCGGUCAAGAGGACUACGAUCGACUGCGGCCGCUAUCCUAUCCGCAAACCGACGUAUUUCUCAUCUGCUAUUCAGUAGUCAAUCCGUCUUCCUUCGAGAACGUCCGUAUCAAAUGGUGGCCCGAAGUCAGACACCACUGUCCGGACAAACCUAUAAUACUUGUCGGUACAAAACUGGAUUUAAGAGAAGAUCCAAAAACACUGGAAAAGCUUAAAGAGAAAAAACUGUCACCAAUUAGCUAUCCCAUGGGUCUGUCGAUGGCUAAAGAUAUCGGAGCCGUUAAGUACUUGGAGUGUUCGGCACUUACAUUAAAAGGUCUCAAGAAUGUCUUCGAUGAGGCCAUCCGUGCCUUUCUUUGUCCACAAGUGUCACCAAAAAAGAAAAAACAAAAAUGUCUUCUCUUAUAAAAGAUAUUGUUAUACAAAAACAUAUACCGGUUCUUAAAAAAACAAAUCUAAAUCAUAUCAAUAUAAUAAUACAAUCAUUAAUUAAUUCAAU